UUACUUUGUGUUUUUGUGUGUGAAUAUUGCAUCGACGUUAGUUGUAAUUCCACAGGCUGGUUACUGUGUAACCGCCUAACAUUUACCGCUGCCUUCCGUGCUCGAGGUUUCUUGAGAUGUCUGCUUCUAGCUGUGGCCACUAGAAUCUUUCACUGCAGUCUUGCAGAUAGCACCGACGUCUUGGCGGCCACCAUACUAAUUCGUGAAGCAGAGCCAACCGCGGCACGUGGAGACGGCGUUCGUGGCGCCCUCUGACCGCACGCGCGCGGCGGCGGCGGACGGUGACGGGCAGCCGCCACCGCGCAAGAAGCUGCGCGGCCAAAACCACAGCCGGCCCCACCACCGGCCGCAGCCGCAGUCGGCCAAGCUUUGCUUCAAGCAUUUGGCCAAGGAGGGCUCCUGCCUGCACGGGGAGCAGUGCCGAUACAGCCACGACCUGCAAUGCAGGUGAGAGAGGGACGCCCGCCAUCACUGACUCCAGUGAAGCAUGGCCACCUCUACCGAAGACGCGCUAGCUCGCAGAACCACGAGACGCGACUCGUCCACCAUCUGUGAACGAUCCUACAGCAGGCCCUGCAGUAUUCCGUGCAGAAGGCCAGGACUUGCUUUUCUGGCGACCAAGCCUGCUGACCUAGGGAACAAAUGCCCUCUGGUAGAAGCGCAUGGCGGCUGCCGCUAUGGCGCUGUCUGCCGCUUUGCGCAAGCACACCCAGGUGGCGCCACUGCUACACCUCACUUGGUCGACGGCGUUUCUGGUACUCCAGGGGAGUGCAACACCCUGAGCAAGGAACUCCAGCAGGCACUCAGGAAAAGGCACUUUGACUUUGGACCAUCUGAGAAGAUCCUGAAGGAAAUAUCAGCUGGGACAGCUGUCAAUGGAGUGACCAAUGGCCAGUCAUUGGACAACUGUGUGGAUGACGUGGGACCAGAGGAGCCCAAGAAGGUGGACUUCAGAGGAAAGCUCUACCUGGCCCCCUUAACCACGGUGGGCAACCUUCCUUUCCGUAGGGUGUGCAAGGAGUUUGGUGCCGACAUCACAUGUGGUGAGAUGGCAAUGGCUGCCAACCUGCUCCAGGGCCAGCCGUCAGAGUGGGCCCUGUUGAAGCGACACUCCUCAGAAGACCUCUUUGGAGUCCAGCUGUGCGGUGCACACCCUGAUGUGAUGACACGCUGUGCCCAGCUGCUCAGGGACAAGUGCAGUGUUGACUUUGUUGACAUCAACAUGGGUUGCCCCAUCGAUUUUGUCUACAAAAAGGGAGCCGGAUCGGGGCUCAUGGGCCGUGCCAAAAAGCUUGCUGAGAUUGUUUAUGGCAUGGUGGGCACACUGGACAUUCCCCUGACAGUGAAGAUGCGAGCAGGCAUGCAUGAGGGCCGCCCUAUUGCUCACCAAGUCAUUGCCCAGCUUGUUGCAGCUCCUCGCAAGCCUGCCCUCAUCACAGUGCACCCACGUUCUCGGGAGCAGCGCUACACCAAGUCAGCCGACUGGGCCUACCUCAACAGCUGUGCCCAGGCAGCGACUCCGAUCCCAGUGUUUGGCAGCGGGGACAUCCUGAGCUGGGAGGACGCUGAGAAACGGCUUUCGGAGACAUCUGUCAGUGGCCUGAUGAUUGCCAGGGGAGCUCUUAUCAAGCCAUGGAUUUUCACAGAGAUCAAGGAGCGGCGGCAUUGGGACAUCUCGUCUUCAGAGCGCCUCGACAUUCUGCGCAAAUACACGGCCUAUGGCCUCGAUCACUGGGGCUCUGAUACAGAGGGUGUCGAACGGACGCGGCGUUUCCUCUUGGAGUGGCUGUCAUUCCUUCACAGGUACAUCCCUGUGGGCCUUCUAGAGGUUCUUCCACAAAAGAUAAAUGAGAGGCCACCGCCGUAUCGGGGCCGCGAUGAUCUGGAGACCCUCUUUGCCAGUCCAUCUUGUGCUGAUUGGCUAAAGAUCAGUGAAAUGCUCUUGGGACCCCUUCCUGAAGGAUUCAACUUCCUGCCAAAGCACAAAGCAAAUGCCUACUCAGUCUAGCAUAUUGAGCAUGGCUAUCACACCACGAGUAGUCUGUAGGUCAGGAGCUGACUGCUUGGCGUGUGACCGAUAGCUGCCUUCUGAUUUUGCGACUAUGUGUACAGCAAGAGUUGAAGAACUGUUUAAAAAACCUUCCACACUUCUGUGAUUUUGCUAUAUAUGCAACCAUUGAACACGGACACUGCUGAUUUCUUAUGCGAAUUUUGAACUCGUCAUUGAUUUAUGCACCAUACUCUGAAUAAAGGAAGAAGUGAUCAUACUAUGCAAAA